AUGCCUAAGCAAGCCUUCGCCAAGAAGCUUAAUAGUCGGGCCAUAGCAGGGACCCCAUGCGCGUUCUCGGAAGCGCAGAGGCCUACAGUGAAAAACGCUUUUCGCCUGGAGGCAUUAACCCCGAGUCCAAGGUUUUGUCUACCCGCGGCUGCCGCAGCGCCUGCCCCCGCCCCCUACAAGCCCCAGGCACUCGUAUGCGUAAUCAGAAGGCAUAGAGGACAGCAACAGGCGCUAAGUCGCCAUGUGGAGGCCUCCCACCCCGGGAGCCACGCAGGCACACUCCCUCUAGUCAGCCAUGCAGCAUCAGUCUCGCCCUCUGAGGCUUUGUUGGGGGCUUCUGUCGUGGAGGCAGAGCAAUGUGCAGCCCAGGCAGAAGCCAGUGCGACUGUAGUGCGGCGAGGGCCUGCCAUGCGCGUAUUCUCUUUCUGGCAGCUAGCAAGGAAUUCUUCAGAGCCUUUGCCGCGGAACGCGGGAGAGGCCGUCGGAUCUCCCGUGGUGUUGCAUCUCCCUGCCGUGAAUGGCGGUUGGAUGCAGCAGGGAGCCGAGGCUGCCGCAGGCAGAGCGGCCGUUGCUGGCGCUGCUGUGACAUGCGGGGAUAUGCUGGUGUUGCCACUGCCGCUCGAGGUGCUGGACUCCCCUGUGUCGCUGGCGCUGCAGCAGCAGCCCCUGCCCCUUCUACGCGCCGCGCUGCAGCUGCAGCUGCAGCUGCGCAUGCUGCAGCAGGCAGAGACAGAGGCGGCCCGUGCACCUACGGCGACUCUUGCGGCAGCAGCGAACACGACAAGGCCCAUAGUGCUGCUGCUCAGAGAUCCCGAGCUCUGCAGCUCAGAGACAGGGAGACAGUCUCAAGCCUCAGGGGAGGGCGACGGAACGGCUGCAGCAGCAGCAGAGGUCCUAAGACGCAACGCUGCCUACGCCGCUCUGCGCCUCUUGGAAGGCCAGUGGCAGGCUAUUGCGGGCGAGUCUGGGAUGGAGGUUUCCACGGGGCAGCAAGAGCAACAAACUCAGGCGAGCCUCCGGCUGCCCUCCCUGCGUGAGCUUUAUUCUGUGCAUGUUGUGUUCUGGCGUGGCCAUCCAGAGGCUCUCAAGGCUCACGCCUCUCACCAGGAGCAGCCUGACGGAGCAAGGCCCAUGACAGACUGUUCUUCUGCCGUACAAAAGUGCCUGGAGUCUCUGCUGGUGCAGCAUUGCGCGAGGGAGCAGGAGCUGCGAGCACCCGAGGCUGCCCUGUCGAAGCAUCGACAAACGCAGCAGCGAGAUCAGCCCCUUAGACUGGACUCUGCAGAGCAACACCAGCACCGCGCGACGAAGAAAGAAAGCCCCGCAGGAGGCGGCAACGUGCCCCCAGCAGAAGCUUCUGUCUUCAAUGCAGAGGCAUGCAGACGGCGUGCUCUCGCCAGAUUUAGAGCAGAGCUGGCUGAGACUCCAGGUCCAGCCGAAGGUUUUGUUUUGCUGCGGGGCCUCUUGCGUGAAUUCGAUGCGGAGUGCACCGCCAAUGCUGAAAGCUAUCUAAAAGGAACCGAGGCCUUAUCGAUUUUAGAGAUACGGCAAACCCUGCAGGACGAAGCCCUUACCGAGCUACGGACGCUAUACCACCUGCAGCUGGAGGCCCUGCGGUCUCUCGCUGUUCGACGUUUUGCGCUGCUUCUCCAACAGCUGCUGAGUGGCAAGAGGGAUCCAGAGAGGCCGAAAGGGUCGCCGCCGAUUCAGCGGCAUAACUUCUAUGAAUUAUCCAGACGGACUUCCGACUUGAUGCGGCGCACCGCCGAUAACUUCGAACAUUUCAUUCAAAGAUUUCUUCGCGCGAUGGAUUCGGAGGCCCUGCAGCAGUUGCUGGCCGCCUCGUGCGCCCAAUUGCGUGCAACCUCGGACAGAGCAGCAAUGCCCAUGGAGGUCUCUGCCGCUGUGGAGCGAGCCGCUGCCAGUGAACGCCUUCUGCUGCUGGGGACGCUUCGAGAGCUGUCCGCUACCGCGUUGCAGCAGCAGCAGCUGCUGUGGGUAGAGCAGCAGCAACAACAAGGCCUCAGCCUCCUUCAGCGCCUCCACCAAAACGCCAGCAGCAGACUAUUGGCUACUCCGCAAGGCGCUGCCAUUUUGAGGGGCUGGCAUGGCCUUGAAAAGACUGCACAGGCAGCUCGAACCUUCUUGGGCCAGCUUCCAGGAGUCAAGCAGGUCCUUCGGUCCCCACUAGCUGCGAUGUGGCGCAGAAGGAAACCCAUCAACGUAGCGCUGCACUAUUUGAGUCCCACAGCCUUUGGACUCUCACCCACCAAAUACAAUGUCACGCUAAAUCAGCCAUGGAAGGGAAAGCUCCACGUGCAAGAGCUCACCAGCCGAACAGAGGGCGACCUCCUACCUGAAGAGACCCUGUAA